AAGUAGUGUAAAAUAUUAAUUAAAUAUAAAAAAAAAACAAUAGAGCUCGAAUCUUCACAAUAUAAGGACACUCCCUGUGACUCAUCCGUUGCAUCUGCAAACAAUACAGUCCAACACUCACAUAGAGAGAGAGAGAGAGUGAGAAGAGAGAGGGAGAGAGUGCACUUGACCCAGAAGACGUAGAGAUGGUUCGAAGCUCGAUGAGAAGAAACUGGUUGGCUUCUUCCAUUAUUCUCUUCUUCGCUCUGUUUGCUACUGCUAUACUAGGAGAAGAUGGAUUGUUGUCCAACGGUGAUUUUGAAACGCCACCAUCCAACGGUUUCCCCAGCGACUCCUUAGCGGACGGGCCCAGUGAAAUCCCCAGCUGGAAAUUGAGAGGCACCGUAGAGCUUGUCUCUUCGGGGCAAAAACAGGGUGGGAUGAUCCUCAUCGUACCCGGUGGUAGACACGCAGUGAGAUUGGGUAAUGACGCAGAGAUUAGCCAUGAAUUGACGGUGGAGAAAGGGUCCAUUUACUCGGUGACGUUCAGUGCGGCUCGCACGUGCGCUCAGCUGGAGUCACUAAACGUCUCAGUGCCACCUGCAUCACAGACCAUAGACUUGCAGACAUUGUAUAAUGUGCAAGGGUGGGACCCAUACGCGUGGGCUUUUGAGGCGGAGGAAGAUAAAGUGAAUUUGGUUUUUAGGAAUUUGGGCAUGGAGGAUGACCCCACUUGUGGGCCCAUUAUUGAUGACAUUGCCAUCAAGAAGCUUUUUGCUCCUGAUAAACCCAAAGACAAUGCAGUGUUAAACGGUGACUUUGAGGAAGGUCCAUGGAUGUUUAGAAACGUUUCGCUGGGAGUGUUGCUACCAACCAACCUGGACGAAGAAAUAACUUCAUUACCUGGUUGGACAGUGGAAUCCAACAGGGCUGUUCGCUACAUAGACUCGUACCAUUUCUCAGUUCCAGGAGGCAAACGUGCCAUCGAAUUAGUGUCAGGGAAGGAAGGGAUAAUUUCCCAGAUGGUUGAAACAGCGCCAAACAAGGCAUACACCAUGACAUUUUCGUUGGGCCAUGCUGGUGACAAAUGCAAGCAGCCCAUGGCAGUUAUGGCCUUCGCUGGAGAUCAGGCCCAAAACGUCCAUUACACACCCGACUCUAAUUCUACCUUUCAAACUGCAAAUUUGAACUUCACUGCCAAGGCCGAUAGGACCAGGAUUGCAUUCUAUAGCAUUUACUAUAAUACCAGGACUGAUGAUAUGAGCUCCCUUUGCGGACCGGUGGUGGAUGAUGUUCGGGUUUGGUUUUCGGGUGGGAGGAGGACUGUGUUUGGUGGGGUGGGGCUUGGGUUGUGGGUGUUUGUAUUGGUUUUGGUUUUGUUUUAAGGUAAGUUUUGGUAGGAUUAAUGUCUGAUAUAUGCUAGCUUGUGAGCUUUAGUUUUGGUAUUAGAAAUGAGUAUGUUCUGUUAUCUUCCUAUCUUCCUUUAUGGUAAUGGUAAAGUCAUUGCCCUUUUAACAAUUGCAAUGAAGAGAUUUGUAAAUUUUUAA